CAUUGACACACUCACCAGAGUAGAACACUGUGGGACAGCUAUUACCUCUUCAACAUAGAGAAAGACACUGCUGCUGAGUUCUUCUGCCCUGGACUGGACUCUCUCUCUCUCUCUCUCUCUCUCUCUGUGUCUCUCUGGAUAUCCUUACUCUUCACAGCAGAAGGAGAUUUGUGUCAAAGAUAUGAAGAAACCAACAUCUGUGUUUAGCAAUAUAAAGCUGUUUGUGCUGUGUCAUGGCCUGCUGCAGCUCACCCAGCUGCUCUACAGUUCCUACUUUAAGAGCACCAUCACCACCAUUGAGAGACGCUUUGGCCUCAGCAGUUUCUCCUCUGGCACCAUCUCCUCUCUGCACGAGGUGGGGAACACCAUUCUGAUAGUGUUUGUGAGUUACCUGGGCAGCAGGGUCCAUCGGCCUCGUCUCAUUGGACUGGGUGGUCUGCUGAUGUCCAUCAGCGCUCUCAUCCUGGCCCUACCUCACUUCCUGUCCCAGCCCUAUAACUAUGACUCUGUCAUACAUGAUCGCCAAGACCUGUGUUCCCUCCAGGGUCCCUCCAACACCACAGAGGCCUGUGGAAAGACAGAGAUCAAGCGUAUAGCAGACACCAACAACUUGUGGCUGCUCAUGGCUAUAGCUCAGCUGCUGUUCGGGGUGGGGUCUGUUCCCAUACAACCCUUUGGUAUCUCUUAUGUGGAUGACUUCGCCGGACGAGGCAACUCCCCCCUCUACAUAGCCAUCCUGUUUGCCCUGUCUGUGUUUGGACCUGCCUUCGGCUUCCUGCUGGGCUCCGUCAUGCUGAGGAUCUAUGUGGAUGUGGAUAGAACCGGCUCAGGUAGGUACUGUCUGGCCCCUACAGACCCUCGCUGGGUGGGUGCGUGGUGGAUGGGCCUCCUCAUCUCCUCUGCCAGCCUAGCCCUGACCUCCAUCCCAUACUUCUUCUUUCCUCGCAGCAUGCUGCUGGAAGGCAAUAGUGGAACUGAAGCUGCCAUUCAGAAUGAAGACUCCAAAAAGCCAGACUUCUCAAUGCUUGAUUUCCUGAAGAUGUUCCCCAGGCUGUUUGUUCGUCUGCUCCUCAGUCCUCUGUUCCUGCUGUUGGUUCUGUCUCAGUGCUGUUUCUCUUCAGUCAUCGCUGGCCUCGCCACCUUCCUCACCAAGUUCCUGGAGAGACAGUACAGUACGACCACCGCUUACAGCAACCUGCUCAUAGGUGCGGUGAACCUUCCGUCCGUUGCCGUGGGGAUGCUGGUGGGCGGAGUCAUCAUGAAGAGGACCGGUCUCUCUCUGAAGACCAUCCCUCGUUUUUCUGUCGCCAUGCUCACCAUCUCUGUCCUCCUCAUCAUCCCUCUCUUCUUCAUGGGCUGCCCCACACAGAGGGUGGCGGAGGUCAACUACUCACCCCGUGGGUUUCUGGCUACCUGUUAUUCUAACUGCUCCUGUCCUGCUGACUCCUUUAACCCAGUGUGUGGAUCUGACAACACGGAGUACCUGUCUCCCUGCCACGCAGGCUGCAAAGACUACACCAAAGACCCUAAGAACAAAUUCAGGGUUCUGAAGUACACAGACUGUAUCUGUAUAGCUUACAGCCAGGGUAGUGGUGGGGGUACUGCCCGCCCCGGUCCUUGCCCCAACCAAUGUCCUCACUUCCUGCUUCCUGUCAUGUUCCUCAUCUCUCUGGCCGGGUUGAUCGCCUCCCUAACACACAACCCCAUCUAUAUGAUGGUCCUCAGAACUGUUCCCCAUGAAGAUAAAUCCUUUGCCAUAGGAGUCCAGUUUUUGCUCAUGAGAGUGCUUGCCUGGUUACCAGCCCCAGCCCUGUUCGGCAUUGUCAUCGACAGCUCCUGUAUUUGGUGGAAACAAGCCUGUGGCAACCGGCUGGGCUGUGGUUACUAUGACAAUAACAUCCUGAGGAACAGGUACCUGGGCCUGCAGGUGGGCUUCAAGGUGAUGGGGAUCUUCCUGCUUGGGGUGGUGGGCUGGAAGGUCCUGAGGACCAGGGAGUACAGCCUGGAGAAGAGGCCUGAUGGACCACUCUGA